GCACUGCAAGAAGCUGCUCUGGUAAAAUCCCACAGGGUUCUCUUCACUCGCGUCACGUCACGGUUGCUCACGCGCGCGGCGCGCCUAUAAAAAGACAUCCUGACCGCGAGUCAAGUAGAAGUGACAACAAACGAGCUGAUAAGUCACCCCUCCGCUAAUUUGUGACGCUCCCACGGGGUCAAAGCUAUGGAGAGCGGGGAGAUUCGCGGCUCGGAAAAGAAGCGCAGAAGACGCGGCUUCAUUCUGGCUGUGACCGCGGUGGCCCUUCUUGUGAUUAUCCUCGCUGUUGUGUUAGGAGUGACCCUAAGUCGGGGAAGAGAAGAGUUUAAAGACACGUUCAUGGAGAGAUGUCAGAAGUUCAAAGGGUAUAACUGCGAACACAUAUGGGAAUUAUUUCAGCAAGCCUACGUGAACCAAGAUCCUUGUGAAGUUCCCCCAAACGCCUACGAUUCCCUCAUUGCUGCAGCUCCUUUGGAAUCUUCAUGCAACAGACUGUUGUUCUGGAGCAAAACAAAGGACGUGGUCCAAGACUUCUCUAGGAAGAAGGACUGUUUUCAGACUGUGGAGGAAACCCUGCUAGGAUCAGUCCUGAACAGCUUGACCUGGUGUGGAAAGAAGGGCAGCAAUGAAACGCUUACCACUGACUGCCCUGGAUGGCUAGACUGUGAGAACAACCCUCCUCGCUCUUUCUGGAGAAGAGUCUCGACUGCGUUUGGAGAUGCUGCCUGUGGAAACGUCACCGCGAUGCUAAACGGUUCCAUCACAACUCCAUUCGAUACACAAAGUAUUUUUGGCAGCGUUGAGGUGAAGAGGUUUAAGUCUCCCAGGGUGAAAAACAUGAAUGUUGUUCUGGUCAUCCAGAAGAACUCUGUAACAAAUUGCACAAAUCCAUCUUUGCAAAACUUGGUGAUGGCGUUGGACAAAGGGAUCAGUUACAGCUGCUUGGAAGUGCUCAGGUCUCAAAUCGAGAAGUGUGGCUCUGACCCGGAGAAACCUUGUGGUGCCUGUUGGUGACACUGAAAAAACCAACAGAUGGAACUAUUUUAAACCAAUCUUAAUCUUUUAAUAUUUGUCAGUCAGUACAACACGGAUUAUGUCUUUUUAUUGUCAAGGUUGUAAUUAGGGAAUUGUUAUUAUUAUUAUUAUUAUUAUUAUUAUUAUUAUUAUUAUUAUUAUUAUAUGUCCUGUAGUGUUAAAUAAAAAGGCUGCUAUAUGUGUUCAAGUAAGGAGCAGUUGGUAAAUGCAUCCAACUGCUAUAUUUCUGAAUGAAAGUGAUAUAUUGUAGAAUAAAGGUCAUACGUGUCAGUAAAAGUGAAAUGGGUUCAUUUUCUAGAGGACUGUGUCAUGGCUGGUGACUUUUGAAAUGUCACUAGAUGUUUUUUUUUGUUUGAUUAUGAUAAAGACGGUGAUAAGGAGGUCUGGUUCUGUUCUGGGGACGGAUGUGGGAUCUAGAAAUUCUUUAUAAACUGAAGAACAUUACGGACGACCCACAGGAUCAACUUCAUGAAACUCCUAUGAAACAGCAUAUCUUCAGUCAUGAGACUUCAUCACAGCUGCUGUUAUACAGACUGCUACAGGAGAUCCUUCCUGCCCAGAGUCAUCUACAUCUACAAAAACUCUUUGAAGAUACUUGGAUAAUAUGAAUUAAAUCAGAAAUUGAUUUCCCUUUGGGGUUUGGAGUAUUUCUGACUUGAAUUGUUUUUGUUGUUCUAUUUGUGAGAUUUGUUCUUUAUCCUUUUACAGCCACCAGAGGUCCUCGUUUCGCUUGUUUUUGGGUCUAGCUCAGGUCAUUGCCUGAAUGUGUUGGGUUUCCUUUUUUAAAGAUAGAUUUAGGACUUUAUUUUGGAUUAUUCUUUUUCCUAAGAAUGUAAUGUUUCAGGUGUUUAGUAUAUCUAAAUUGCUCUAACGUAUGAGUGUGCUAUUUUAGUCCUUUCUGGUGACCUUCAGGUGUAACCUGCCUCUUGUCUGAUGGAGAUAAACUCUGGCCACUGAACAACCAAAUAAGAUGCCACAUCAAAAUAAAGUUGUAAAAACUACAAAAAUUAAAUCAACAUUUAUGAAAGAUUAUGUCAAAACGCGAUCUGUUUUGUAAACUACAAAAAAAAACGUGCAAUCCUUGCAUUAUUAUCCUGUUGCAGAAUUUCUAAGUGAACAUUUUAUUUUAAAAAAUUUAUUAUUUUGGCAACUUAUUUUUUUUUUAUGUCUCUUCUCUACUGGAAAACAAGCCAUUUAAAGGUGGGAUGUUCUCACAAUCUGUGAAAAAUAAAAAUGAAUAAAACCAGAAAA